GGUUGAGUCAGCCAGGGAAACUUUCUUUGUUGCAACAGAAAAAUUCUGUUCUUUGAUGAAUACCUCACACCCCUUUAAUCUUAGCAAAAAGGUGCAGCACACUCCUACUCUUCGUGGAAAAGCUUUAACUGUCCAUCCUUACAGCUAUCAGAGAGUUUCAAGCUGACAUGGAGCCUGAAAAAUCACAAGGGGACAAGACCUCAAGCAGCACAACAAACACUCCAGAAAACAGCGAGAACACAAGAAAAACCAAAGAGGAUGACGAGCUGUCGCUGAUCACCUGGAACGUGGAUGGUAUAGAUGACGAAGAUCAGCCAGAAAGAGCCAGAAGCCUCUGCUCAUAUUUGACAUCAUAUGCUGCUGACGUGGUGCUUCUGCAGGAAAUAGUCCAGCCCUACGUGCGUUUCAUGUACAGACGUCUGGCUGACACCUACACCUUCAUAAAAGGUGGUGAAACAGGUUAUUUCACCAUGAUGCUGCUGAAGAAGACACGACUCACACUACUGGACAGUGAGAUUGUCAGCUUUCCAAACACUCAUCAGGGGAGGAGCCUGCUUGUUGCACAGGUUUUGUUCAGAGGCCAGAAACUGUGUCUGAUGACGUCUCACUUUGAGAGCUGCAAGGCCAACUCAACAGAGAGGAUGAGGCAGUUGAAGAAGAUGAUGGAGAGGAUGAGCGAGGCUCCUGAUGAUGUGACGGUCCUGUUUGGAGGGGACACCAACCUAAGAGACUAUGAGGUAACUGCAGUGGGAAUUCCCAGCUCUGUCUGUGACCUGUGGGAGCAGCUGGGAGAGCCGGAGAAGUGCCGCUACACAUGGGACACUGGGGCAAACCACAACAAUGAGAUUGCCUUCAAGUGUCGUUUCCGUUUUGACCGAGUCUACUUGCGUCGAGCCUGCGAGGACAGGGUCCCACGGCUGAACCCCCACAGCAUGGCCCUGAUUGGACUGGAGGAGCUCAGGUGUGGCCGCUUCACCAGCGACCACUGGGGAAUCUAUUGCAUGUUCUCCGUCGAGUAAAUGUAAAAUGAAUGAUGCGUUUUCUUUUGUCUGUCUUACAAGAACUUCCCAUUUUCAUUAAUAAGUGCACAUCUGUUCAAUAUAUGUGUGAACAGAAAAGUACUGUAGGAACAUUUCUGUCAAGGGAAACCCAGUUUUAUAAAGCCCAUUAGAUAACAUGCAUGCAUCUCAAACAGCUAGUGCAGGUUCAAAUGUUCUUUUUAAUAAGAACUACAUCUUUGCUAAAUUCAAAAGCAACACUUCAGAUUUAAAUUUGACCACCUGCAUGAGAGAGCGUCUCAUUUGUUUGAUGGCAACAAUUUCUUAACAUAAAAAUCCCCCCCAAAAAAACAGCAACACAGAAUUGUCUAGUGGAUAACGUUUGUCAGCACCAACUUUUUAGUAAAGACACGAUUUGUGGUGUCAAAUGUUCUUUUGAUGAUUUGGAUCUUAGGAAUCACAUAAAAUGUUAAUCGUUCUUCAAUUAAGAAAACUGUAAAACUGCUGAAACGUAUUUAAAGAAAAUUAUCUUUAAAAAAACUUGUUCUAAGAUAAUGAGGCAGUAAACUGACAGUUACUCACAAAUAAAUGUGUCAAUAGUCCUUAUGAAAACUUAAAAAUGAAUGCCAUUGUUAAUUUUGACAGAAAUGUAGUUUUACUGCAGGAUUAUAUUUUUCUUUGUUUAGGGUUAUUUUGGGUUAAGGUUUAAAGAGGUACCGCACACCAUCAGAAAAUGUAACUCCACCCCUAGUCAAGAUGUGAAAAAUGCCAUGAAAGUGGGCAUUGCCAGGAGGCACAGAGUGUAAUGUUUUAUCCCCACACACCACCUCUCGCAACCUUAGAUCCACAUCUGAAAACCUCCUGGCUGUUCCUCGAACCAGACUGAAAACCAAAGGGGACAGGGCCUUUCAGACUAUUGCACCCAGACUUUGGAACAGUCUACCUUCAAAUCUCGGUCUCUCUAACACUGUAGAGGUCUUUAAAAAUAAUCUAAAAACUCACCUUUUCAUCCAGGCGUUCCCUCCCUAAAUGUUUCAGAAUGAUGGCUUUGUUCGGGUUCACACCUUCACUUUGUUUAUACUCAUGAUUUUAUUUUCUACGUUUAUCACUGCUAUUUUUUUUCUGAUGUUCUUAUUGGUUAGAGGUAUUUGCCCUGAUCUUUAUCAUGUUGUAGAGCGCUUUGUGAUUUAUAUCCGUGAAAGGCGCUAUAUAAAUAAACUUUUACUUACUAAUG